UCAGACAAGCCCAGCCUUCAGGUCCCAAAACAGGUUGUAUUACACACUCGGGUGGGGUGUUUCUCUGGUGUCCGUACCACACCCUGUGACACUGCCUUUGCGCAAAGACACGCAGGACAUAUAACCUGACGGACCGCGCCGCUUUUACGCAAAGGUUCUCCUUCUCUCUAUCCGGCUCCACACGCUCCAAUCGUCGGUCAUGUUUCGCUGUGGGAUCGCAUACCCUCGAUGCAGGUGGAUCGUGCCCCUGCUGCUGCUCUUCGCCAUUAUUUUUGACAUAAUCGCCAUCGCGGCUACUUCGGGAUGGGUCGAGGACGAGGACGCCAAGUCUGACUACGCCAAUAUGUGGACCAGGUACCGAGGCAGGAAAGAGUGGAUCGGCAAGUCGCUUAUGGAGUACUCUUGGGCCCAGGCAGUGGCUGCACUGAUGAUCAUCGGCCUCCUCAUCCUCAUCAUCGCCUUCAUCAUCUCCUGUGUCGCUCUGUGCUGCUCGCUCAACAUCACUCUUCUGCCUUUCAUAGGAGCACUGUUGAUCGUUGUUGUCAUUCUACAGAUCAUCGCUCUGAUCAUUUACCCAGUCAAAUUCAACGAGCUGAUCUUCGAGGGCAACUAUUAUUAUACCUGGGCUUACGGCUUCGGCUGGGGCGCCACCAUCCUCUGCAUCGGCUGCGCCAUCCUCUUCUGCUGCCUGCCAAGAUAUGAGGACGAGCUGACCGGCUUGGCCAAGACCAAAUACAUCUAUUCCUCUGCUUAAAGACAAUACAAGCACACCCACCCAGUUACAGCCAUUUCCACGUUUCACUUUGAGGCAGAUCUGCACUGGCCACUGAACAUUUUUACACUGUACCAUCUCACCAAAGAUCUACGAUGGCUCCGUCCAGUUACAUUUGGUUUGGCAGCAGAAAGCCCAUCCUCCACCAUCCAGGAGUACUGGAAAUGGACUGUGAUUGGAUGUUGAAUCUGUCAAUGUCUAUAUUUUAGAUUAAGUCAGCAUCAUAAACAGUUAUAUUUUCCCCAUUCUGCAUUGUAUCUGUACUUUCAACAUGUAGUUCUCAAUGCAAGGUCACCCAAGUGCACUUAACUAAAGAGAGGUAAGGAUAGCUUUAGCCAGAUUUGUUUGAGAUAUUCUAAAACCUUGUUAGGAUUCAAAAGGAAAUCAUCUUUUAGUUAUGUCCCAUGUCUUAUUAUUACUUUUUUCUCAGUUCUUCAAUACAUUUCUUGUCAUCUGUAUGUCGCUGCCUGAGAUGGAAACGAAGGCUUGGACUCAAAAGCUGAAUGUAAUCUAUGGAAAUAUACGUGUUUAACAUCAUAUUUGCAACUUUUUUUUUUAGAUAAUUCUUAUCUGCUGUUUGUCUAGAUUUUUUUUUAAUACUUAUUACUUAUUACCAAAGGGAAAUAACUGUAGGGGUUUGCUGUGCUGACUUUUUUUAACAGUACCACUAAUAUGCGUCAUGAGUAGACACAGCGGUGUGAUGGAGGACUUGCAAUUGCUUGUCUUUUGUUCUAAACUGGAAGCAAAUUAAAUGAAUUUCCAUUGAGCUUGACUCAAGAAUCAGUCUCAAAUUUAGAAAACAUGGCCAUACUCUGCAGUAUUCUUUUGACCCAGAUAGGUUGUUUUAAAAUUUGCAUCUGAAAUGGUCCAUGUCAGUCGUUUUUGGUUUUAACGGGAUCAAUAUAAACUCAGAAGCUCAUUCUGUCUUUUUCGUGUCUUGUUGCCUCAAAGUUAGGCACAUUAAGUGAGAACACUAAGCGUAUUUUUUCUAAAUAGUCUUCAUAAGUUUUGAUAAUGCGCCUUUGGGUAACCAUCUGCUGGUUUGAUGAGACACUGAGACCGAGGUGUACAAUUUGGUGACUAACUGUGUGACAUACUGUGCCUUAGCUUCUUCGGUGUUGUGUUUGUUGAAUGUCCUAUCAAACAGGUCAGUCUGGUUUUAUUGAAUCAAGCUCAAUACCAGUAAUCAUAUGGCUGUUCAUGCCAAGACCAAGUUCAUGCUCAAACAAGACCAUAUGUCUGUUUUACGAGAGAGAGAGAGAGAGUUUGAUUAGUAGUCAGGUCUUUCAGAUUGUUUAUGCAAAUAACCAUGAUGAAAUUGUAAUUUGGUAGAACUUUUAAAUGAGUAUGAGGGUUUUGCUUGAAGAAACUGCCUGCAUGUCUUGAACGUGAGGUGCGAAACAUCAUUUUAUGUACGAGGAUUAAUCUGUGUUUUCAACGCCAGCUUUUUCAGCCAUUGUUAGUUGCUAUAUGGGUUAUAUAAUGUACGAUAGAGAAUAUCUUAUUAACAUUCAACCACUUCUGGAAAUCAUAUUCUGCUGUAGUAUGAAUUGAUUAUUUUUGGUAGUCUGUGUAUUUUUAUGCAAUAAAGAGUUUCUUUUUUGAA